AUUUUUGCUUUUUCACUUUAGGGAGCCACAACCUUUUUUUUUUUUUUUUUUUUUUUUCAUCAUUGACUUGUUGGCAACUAGUUUUGAUCAUCGGGUGGUAUACAAAUCACUAUUCUAUUCCACUGGGCUGGAGACCAAAAACCAUGCACGGAGCAUGAUCACUUCUAGCUGUCGAGGAACUAACUGUGUCGGGGUGACUGGGAGAGCUUCGUUUGAACAAAACUUGUACAUCUCAGGCCGGAUGGAGGCGCUUCUACGCGCUUGCGUCCUGCUGCUGCUGUGCGCAGGUUCUGCUUGCUUGCAACCAGCGGACGAGAAAAUGGCGGCCCGGCGGCUUGCGGAAGGCCGGCUGGCGGGCUCCGUUAUUCUCCCGUGCGAAUUCUCCACGGCCCCGGCUACGCCCGAGGACGACGGCGAGUUGAGGGUCAAGUGGACCCGCGAGGAGGCCGACGGGGAGAGGGUGGUCCUGGUGGCCCGGGGGGCCGCGGUCAAGGUGGGCCCCGACUUCGUGGGCCGAGCCUCCUUGUCGGGUCAAGGGUCCGCAGCGGGCGAUGCAGGCCUCAUCCUCGUCGGGCUCAGGGCCGCAGAUGCCGGACGCUACAGCUGCGAGGUCACGCGAGGGAUGGAGGACAGGCGCCAAGGCGUCACCCUCAGCGUCACAGGUGUGGUAUUCCCCUACCGUGCCAAGGGCAUCCGCUACUCGCUGGACUUUGCAGCGGCAGCAGAGGCGUGUCUGUCGGUGGACGCGGUGGUGGCCACCCCCGAACAGCUGACGGCCGCCUUCCACGACGGCCUGGACCACUGCGACGCGGGCUGGCUCGCUGACGGGACCGUCAGAUAUCCCAUCGUGCAUCCUCGCUCGGGUUGCCAAGGAAACCUCAACUAUAGAGCGGGCGUGCGCACGUACGGUGCGCGCUUAGCCACUGAGAAAUACGACGUCUUUUGUUACGUGGACAAACUUGAUGGCGAGGUCUUCUACUCAUCCUCCGCGGGCAGCGACAAGCUCACCCUGCAGGAGGCGGCGGCCGAGUGCGGUCGGCGUGGCGCGGCGCUGGCCUCGACCGGGCAGCUGUACGCCGCCUGGGCGGCGGGGCUGGACCGCUGCGACUACGGAUGGCUGUCGGACGGCAGCGUCCGCCACCCCGUCAACGUCCCUCUGCCCCAGUGCGGGGGCGGCCAACUGGGGGUCCGCACACUCUACAAGUACUCUGACCAGACGGGCUUCCCGGACCCGUGGGACAAGCACGGAGCAUACUGCUACGAAGCCAAGCUUCCAGAGGUGACGGCGACAAGUCCAUCCAGCGUCCAGGAAACAUCAAAGCCUCAAACCACACCCGCCGUCGCUCGAGAUGACAUCGUCGCAGAGCGUGUCACGGCGCGAGCGGCGUUGGCCGACGUCACUCCAACGCCACCUGUCGAGGACCGGAGUGUCAUGCGUAAAACGGUCUCGGUUUUCAAAGAGGAAGCUCCGUUCUCAAGCACCGAUCGAUCGUUGGCACCACCCGGUGGCGAGUCGCCAGUCCACGUCAUUGUCGUCGACGUGCAGGACAAAAAUCAAUCAGUCGAUCGCAUCCUGCAGCUACUCAAACAGCCUGCGGGCGGCUCCGUCAACUUCCCGCGCUUCACCGACCUCUCGCGGUCGGUCGGCGAACUGGUCCACGGCAGCGGCGACGCCGAAGAAUCUCCCUUGCCGACCGUCGGUUUUGUGGACAGCAAACACAAAGUGACUUUUGACCUGACGCUGCCCGAGGAGGCGCGAGGGGAUCAGUUUGAGACCGCCGCCCCCAUUCGGGUGACAGUGGAAGAGGCGCGCGUGACGUCAUCAGGAGAAAAGUCCCGCACGACAGAUGUUCCCCCACUAAGAACAGCCCCCGACGCGUCGCUCGACAGGACCAUUGAGACAAAAUUCAGGGGCACAGAGGGUUCCGCUUCCGAUGAAGGUGACGCUGAGACAGAGGAGGCACCUGUGCUGUCUCCCAUGAUGGCCGGCGGAAGGCGAGCGGAGUCUGAAGAGGAGUGGCCGUCGGGAGAGAGGCGGGCUUCUGGAGAGUGGGCCGCUGUCAUUUUACCCACAGCACUGGAUCCGGUGACAAUAAAAGCACCGGACCAGGGCUCCGCCCCAAGCGUGCGGGAAGACUUCACGUACUAUGGCAGCGAGACGGCGGAGGCCAUUUUCAUCAAUGGCACAGAUGAUAGCCCGUGCGCCAUCAGCGUGUGUGAAAAUGGCGGCUCUUGCUACAAACGUGGCUCGGACAAGGUGUGCGUGUGUGCGCCUGGAUACGCCGGGGAGCGCUGCCAAACUGAUGUGGACGAGUGCCAGUCCAACCCGUGUCUCAAUGGCGCCACCUGCCUGGACGCCGUGGCCGGCUUCUCCUGCCUGUGUCUGCCCAGCUACGACGGGGACCUGUGCGAACGAGCCAGCGGAGACGGCCUCCGUUUUCAGAACCUGGCUCGGCUACGGCGGCCUCUUGGGAGUCCUUCUUUUUCAAGGCCCGUCAACUCUUAAGUUUGGACAUCUGCUUUAGUCUUUUUUCCCAAAUCUGUCGCUAAGUGACCACACCCAACAAAAGAAUGUACUACGUCUCUUCCUUGCAAUACACAUGAUCUUUAGCAAUGUCAUUUGAGCAAAAAAAAAAAAACUUCUUCAUUCAUUUCAAAUGGCACGUUCGACCAAACAUUGCUUUUUCAUUUCCCAUCGUCACUUUCGGUAGACUAUUAGGCCCAAAGAAAGAAAUAAAACUGGAAGGAAUUCAUACACUCCUGGCCAAAAAGUAUUGGCACUCCUGCAAUUCUGUCAGAUAAUGCUCAAUUUCUCCCAAAAAAUGAUUGCAAUUACAAAAGCUUUGGUAGUAAUAUAAUUAACUGAUUUUGCUUGCAAUGAAAAAACACAAAAGAGAAUGGUGGUGGUGGUGGGGGGAUCUUUUACACAAAACUCCAUAAAUGGGCCGGACAAAAGUAUUGGCAACCUUUGAAAAAUCAUGUGAUGCUUCUUAUUUGUGUAAUUAACAGCACCUGUUACUUACCUGUGGCACAUAACAGGUGGUGGCAAUAACUAAAUCACACUUGCAGCCAGUUAAAAUGGAUUAAAGUUGACUCAACCUCUGUCUGUCCUUGUGUGUAUCACAUUGAGCAUGGAGAAAAGAAAGACCUUCGAACUGUCUGAAGACUUGAGAAGCAAAAUUGUGAGGAAGCAUGGGCAAUCUCAAGGCUACAAGUCCAUCUCCAAAGACCUGAAUGUUCCCGUGUCUACCGUGCGCAGUGUCAUCAAGAAGUGUAAAGACCACGGCACUGUGGCUAACCUCCCUACAUGUGGACGGAAAAGAAAAAUUGAUGAGAUUUCAACAAAAGAUUGUGACAAACAACCUCGACUAACAUCCAAACAAGUUCUAGCUGUCCCGCAGUCCAAGGGUACAACAGUGUCAACCCAUACUUUCCGUCGGCGUCUGAAUGAAAACCGACUCUAUGGUAGGAUACCCAGGAAGACCCCACUUCUGAACCAGAGACAAAAAAAGCCAGGCUGGAGUUUCAAUUAUGAAAUAAACACAUGUUCAAAUACAUAAAGAAAUGUUGAAAUAAAUAAAUAAAAAGUGAAAUAAAUGUUGAAAUAAAUAAAAAUUGAAAUAAAUAAAAAGUGAAAAAAAUAAAUGUUGAAAUAAAUAAAAAUUGAAAAAAAUAAAUAUGAAUUAAAAUAAAUACAAAUCAAAAUAAAUAGUGACAUUAAUAAAUUAAUGUUGAAAUGAAUAUUGAAAUAAAAGCACAUUUAAUAAUUUAUUUAAUUGUGUAUUCAUUUAUUUCAUUUUUGCACUUCUCAUCCUCCAUGGGACUAGAACUAAGUACUGUUAACGCGACUUAAAGGGAAAAAAAAAAACACGACUGGAGACAGAAUGGCGGACGAGACUUCCCUGUCGUAAAGUCACAUGUUUCGGGUACGUUGGGUACCUUUAAUUUAAUAUAACGAGAAAAAAAGUAAUGUUACAUUGUGUAAAUUAUGGAACAUUAUGCCUGGUUUUUUUUGUAAUUUGACACAAAACUACAUAACAAUCCAACUUUUUUCCUCAUAAUAUUAGGCAAAAUUAUUAGGGCUGUCAAACGAUUAAAAUUUUUAAUCGAGUUAAUCACAGCUUAAAAAUGAAUUAAUCGUAAUUAAUCGCAAUUCAAACCAUCUAUAAAAUAUGCCAUAUUUUUACCUAAAUUAUUGUUGGAAUGGAAAGAUAAGACACAAGACGGAUAUAUACAUUCAACAUACUGUACACAAGUACUGCAUUUGUUUAUUAUAACAAUAAAUCCACAAGAUGGCGUUAACUUUAUGAACAUUCUUUCUGUGAAAGGGAUCCACGGAUAGAAAGACCUGUAGUUCUUAAAAGAUAAAUGUUAGUACAAGUUAUAGAAAUUUUAUAAUAAAACCCCUCUUAAUGUUUUCUUUUUAAUAAAAUUUCUAAAAUUUUCAAUCAAAAAAUAAACUUGUAGCCCGUCAUUGUUGAUGUCAAUAAUUACACAAUGCCCACGGGUGCUGAAGCACAUAAAAUCAGUCGCACCCAAGCGCCAGCAGAGGACGACAUAACUCCAAAAAACACAAGUAACAGGUGGACAUUGCACUAUACUGUCAUUUUAAUCUGCUUGAGCGGGGCAUGUGCGUUAAUUGCGUCAAAUAUUUUAACGUAGUUAAUUUAAAAAAAAUAAUUACCGCACGUUAACGCGAUAAUUUUGACAGCCCUAAUUAUAACUAUUCACCAUGUCCUAUUUUUGAUCUUUUUUGGGGAGGAGGGGGGGGUCCAUCAUAGUCACUGAUAACACCCACAAGAAAUUCUCCAUUUACGCCAAUUGACUUUCAACUCAAGCCCACAAAAAUAAAAUCUCUAAAAAAAAUCUCUAUUGGUGGUUGCCAAAAAAUCAACAAGGAAGUGACCUGGAAUUUCCCUCCGAAUCAACAGUAAGUUACCCAAAAUCCAUGGGAGUUAACUGACCAACGUAAAAGUGUUCCGCCGCAGUUACUCCGGUAACGGCAGAGUAGAUGUGAGUUUCCAUACAGUGGCUGAGCGUCCGUCCGUU